AUGGCUACGGCUCCAGACGACGGCCUGGGCAUGGCUCAGGACACCGCCGCUGUUGGUGCUGGCUUGGACGAGCCAACGAGUAAUAACCCCCAGCCAGGUACCGCUAUGAAUCCCGGUGGACCAGAUCCUGGUUCUGCUCCGGACGUCCCCAUGCCAGAUACCGGCCCUGGCACAGCUCCGACCAGCUCCUGUGCUCCUGGUGCCUCUGCCAUGGACACGGCGGCGACGACGGCCGAAACCUCCUCCUCCUCCUCCUUUUCCCCAUACCCUUCGACAUCGGCCGCGUCGACGAUACCGGCAACUGCCGCCAUACCGACCGUUACGACCACCACGGAACCAGCCGUUGAUGAACCUCUGGCAGCCCUGACUGCCAGUCGUCAACCCGAGCUACCGUCCCUGACGUCGGCGUUGGCAUCGGAGCUGUCUGCUGCUGCUGGCGCCGCUGCCGCUGCCGCUGCCGCUCCAGCCCCCCCCUCGCAGCUUGAGCAUGACGGCGAGAGUCAGACUUCCGGCACAGGUGCAGGCAUGGCUAGCCAUACGCCAAGUCUUGCAGCCCAUCACGAACUGCCCAUGGGCUAUGCAUCUACCACUCCUGGCCACUCUUCAUCCACGCACUCUAGUGUCUCUCAACCUUCAGCCACCGCCUCUACCCGUUCUCCGCCUACGACCGUCCCGACCUCGCAGCAGUAUGCCCCUUACGCUGCUGCUGCUGCUGCUGCAGUAGCUCCCUCAAACGAAGGCUACAAAGCUAGCUCCGCACCGGGCCCUGGCUCCCUGUCUCUCCCGAGUAUGCGAACGAUCGAUGCCAUAUCACAGCAAAGCACUAGCCCCCCCCAUCUGCCGCAUCAUUCGACGAGCUUGAAUCCUACAUUGACUCCCACCACUACGGGGCCUGCAUAUUUUGCGCCUCAGCAUCCCAUGACGGUGCCCUCAAGCUACGGUCUACCGUCUGAUUCAUUAACCCGCUAUCCGUUACCUCACGACCCUCGAAUUCUCGGUAGCAGAGGUCCAAAGAAGGAAAUAAAACGUCGAACCAAGACGGGUUGCCUGACGUGUCGAAAGCGAAGAAUAAAGUGCGAUGAGACCCACCCCACCUGCAACAAUUGCAAGAAAUCAAAGCGAGAGUGUUUGGGCUACGAUCCCAUCUUUAGGCAACAAUCAGGUGGAGCUCAGUCGAAAUCUCACCUUCAACCGGCCCAGAUCAGCCAAGCGACCGCAUCGUCUUCUGCAUCUUUCCCCCCGACACAUCCGACCGCCGGCAUUGGGCAGCCGCCUCCCAAUUCGUACGGUAGCCAGCCGUCCAUGCUUCCAAGCUCGUAUUCAACCACUUCUACCUCGUUGACCGCACCUUCGUCUGCUACGGCACGCACUACUCCGUCAUCCAUCCUCAACUCACCGGUCGUGCCCAACGCCUCGCCUACUAUCAAGAAAGAAGCCGGCUUUGAAUUUUCGCCCACUGUCAAGAAGGAGCCCGGCUUUGAGUUCUCGAGACCCCUUGACCCCGCCAGCCGACAUCUUCCUGCGCCCAAGCAGUUUGACUGUAAACCCCAUUCGACAGCCGCCAGUAGCCAUCUUGCAGCCGACAGCGAGUCAAUUCAUUUCUCCAAGAAAAUGAGAAUCAACGACAUUAUCGAUCUUCUCGGGCCGCCUCCUCCUCCCCCACCUCAGCAAAUCAGUCACACAGAGGAUACUCUGAAUGAAGUUACAAAGGUUUACCAUGAGAUGUAUGCCGGUGGCUUGAGUGCGUUCCUGGAGUCCAGCUGGUAUUAUUUUGUCGAGAAUGGGAAAAUGGCGUUUCCCAGGGAUGCCAAUCUCAUUGAGCACAUGGCCACCUUUUUGAAAAUCCUAGAGGCUGUCAAAGCAAAUGAUCAUUCUCAAAUGGCUUACUCCGGUGCGUUGGAAACGAGAAUUGUUUGGGAGCUCGCUUGUACCGCAUAUCAAACACCCGAUCGAACGAACCCGCCCACGGCUCUGGCGAUGCCUCCCGAGGGGGAUGCCGUGGAGGCACGUAAUCGUCUACGCGUCGUUGAAACGUUGCUCUGCGGCGACUAUCUGCUGACGAAUCCCUUGGCCCCGCCAUUGUCGGAUCCGGACGUUCAGCGCAGCCGUCGAUUCGAUUUUUGGUAUAGUUUGGCUGAGUUUAUUCGGAGACGAGAUAAUCCUGACUCUCCCGCGACUGUCAAGGCCAGAGAGGAAUCCUUGACCCGGAUGAGGCACCUCUUGGACGGACGAGAAAACCGUGAUGUUCUCUACUCCAUCGCCGUGGUGCGAGAGCUCGCCCCCCGCUACGGUCCGAGUUACGGAAGCACUCCCCAGCACCUGGACGAGAGCGACCCGAAGAAUAGGCUUGCGGUCGCGUCCAGAUUCAUCUUGGACGAGGCCCAAGUUACCGGCGGCACGACGAAUGUAGUUCGUCGAUUCAGCGACAUCGCCGCCCGAGCUUUCGUCAACCCCGCCGUCAACGUCUUUAAGCGUACAGGGUGA